AUGGCCUCUCCUUCGUUGAAACGUUCGUCCAGCUCUUCGAGCAUCGCCUCCGACUUUGAGAUCCUCAACCUCUCGGACACCGAACCAGAGCAAGGGACCGCUGAAGACGUGUUCGUCGAGGUGCCCAUUAAACUUGCGUUAACCGGAGAGUGGAAGUUGAUCUCGAUGGAGGAUAAGGACAAGAUGAAUUCUAUGGUUAAAUUGCUGUGCAAAGAGCUUCAACGGCCACUCCAACACUUUCAGUUCCUCGGGAAUGUGAUGAAAAGAUCGGUGCCGAAGGACGGAAGGCUCACCGAAUCCUUGUACUCGACGCUGGACAAGAAGGUGGAGCAGGGAGCGUUCACUUACUCCAUGUUCAUCGAGGACAAUCGUUUGAUCAGCGAGAAAGUGUGCUCUCCGACUGGGCAACUGGCCGUUCGCACCAAGAUCUUCGUGGUCGAAGGGCUUCUCUACAACGAGACCUCAUUCUCGGGCCGCACGUUCACAACGGUCUUCGAGAAGAUGCCCGAAGACAAGCGGAUUCAGUCGACGAUCGUCGGAGAAUGGAAGAUGGUCUCUGCGUCUCCCAACUUCGAACGGUGGCACGAGGAGAGAGGAGAGACGAGCGACGACAUCCAGCUCCACAAGUUCGGAGCCCUUUGCUACGAGACCGAUGGCGCCGACACGUUCACCAACUACUAUCGGACUGACGGAGAGAUCCUCGAUAUGGACACGGAGGUUCUGCACAAGGAGGAGCUCAUCGAAGGUUUGUUGUGGUGCACGAGAGUGGAUCGCAACCGACUGAUCGCCGUGGGAAUGGACGAGAAGACGCGGCAGCAGAAGCAUUGCAUCGAAAGAUUCAUCGUCGACGGACAGCUUCAUAUCGUCGAGACCGGAGAGAAUGAGGACAUGGUUUCGACUGUCUACAAACGAGUUUGA